AUGUCGUUGCUGUUGGUGCCGGGGCUGUGUCAGCGUGGCUGUGGUGAUGCUAUAAAGCGGCACCCAGACCGGCACUGGGUCGUCUUCCACCGCUGGCCCGACCGGCUCCGGGCUCUUCAAGUGGCGUCAGCAGCUCUACCAGCUCAGGCUCGGGCUCAGGGCUCCUCAACCGCCGUCACGUCGACGACUACCCGUUCCUCCACCUCGUCUGCCUCUCGCACCAGCGAUACGUCGUCCACCACAAGUGACGGAUCCUCGCGCACCUCGUCCGGAACCAGUUCUCCCUCGGCCAGUCCGAGCGACAACGCCGCUGCCGGCUUUGUCGAUAAGAACUGGGCUCCUUGGAUGCUCGCCUAUGUUGCGGGUGUCGGUCUGGCUCUGUAA